CAUUUUCCACGGCCUUAAAAGUCAAAUCGCAAGAGCACGGCAAAGGUCGUGAAACUGACAAAUCUGAAGAAAAGAUAGUCGCUGUCAAUCGUCCUGAAUCCGGUGAUAAAAUGACAACAGCAAAUUGUAGUGGCAGUAAUAAUGCACUUGGUGGUGAUUUGUCAUUUGCUCGAAAUGCGCCAACUCCUCAAAAAAUUAGUCAACGAGCUCGUUUUGGUGAAAAUAAUCGUGAUGAAAAGAAAAUGGUUUCAGGCAAUUCUGCCACUCAGGACGAUCACGAUCUUCCAGAACUAGGUGUUGACCAACCAUACCAGCGACUGAAAGUAUACAGCAGUGGUGGCAGUAAUUCAAGCCCACAAAUCAUUAUGGUUUCCAAGACUUCGGCACAAAAUCCAGUUGAUCAGACUUUUGACAUCAACCCUUCUUUCUCAACACACAUUUCAGAACAAAAUGACAGCUUCAUCCAAACCGAUGAAGCGAAUCAAAGCAGCAGCGAGUUUUCCUUCGAGGUAAAAUAG